AUGGACUGGACCGGGAGCCCCAGCAGAGGUGACCCAAGGCACAUCCCCGCUUCUCUCCGUCUCUCCCAGGAAAGCAGAGGACAUGGCGCCCGCCCCGCGCCCCGCCCCCACAGGCCCGCGGACGCACAGACUCCUGGCUGCUGGAAUGCUUCUCGCAAGAUCUCUGGUUUAACCAGGAGCGUCCUUUCAAUGAGUACAGAAUGGGGCCACCUGCCCACUGGACCAGCUUCAGAACUAGCACUUGACCAGAAGUGCUGUUCUGAUCUGCUCAACAGGAGUGGACACCUUAUUCCAUCUACGAAGGAGCAGUCGGCUGGGGGCGCAUCAUCAUUGGUGGGUCCGGAAGAGUUGGAGCAGCGAGGGGUCAUCUUUCUUUCAAGUCCUUGCAGAGGGGUCACUGUCUAUCUGCAGAACCGGAGGGAGACCACCCCCCGCCCCGAGUUUCCUUCAGUUCCAUGA